AUGAGUCCUGAAAACUGGACUCACGUGACAGGGUUUGUCCUUCUGGGUUUCCCCAGAAGCCACAUCCUGCAGUUCCUGCUGUUCCUGGCUUUGAUGGCAGCCUACGCUGUAACGGCCACAGGCAACCUGCUCAUCAUUGGGCUCAGUUGGACGGAUCGACACCUGCACACACAGAUGUACUUCUUCCUGAGGCAUCUGUCCUUCCUGGAGCUGUUGCUCGUGUCUGUUGUGGUUCCCAAGAUGCUUGUCGUCAUUCUUACGGGGGACCACUCCAUCUCAUUCGCCACCUGCAUCAUCCAGUCUUACUUCUACUUCCUCCUAGGCACCACCGACUUCUUCCUCUUAACUGUCAUGUCUCUAGAUCGUUACUUGGCAAUCUGCCGACCUCUCUACUAUGAGACUCUAAUGAAUGGCCGUGUCUGUUCCCAACUGGUUCUGGCCUCCUGGUUGGCUGGAUUCCUCUGGGUCCUGUGCCCCACCAUCCUUGUGGCCAACUUGCCUUUCUGUGGCCCCAAUGGUAUUGACCACUUUUUCUGUGACAGUUGGCCCUUGCUGAGGCUCUCUUGCGGAGACACCCGCUUACUGGAGCUGGUGGCUUUCGUGCUCUCCACGUCAGUGUUACUGGGCUCGCUGGCACUGACCUCGGUUUCCUACGCCUGCAUCCUUGCCACUGUUUUCAGGGCCCCCACACCUGCGGAGCGAAAAAAAGCAUUCUCCACUUGUGCCUCACACCUUACAGUGGUCAUCAUUGUCUAUGGCAGCUCCAUUUUUCUCUACAUCCGUAUGUCAGAGGCUCAGUCCACGCUGCUCCACAAAGGGGCCUCCGUCCUGAGCUGUAUCAUCACACCCCUCCUGAACCCAUUCAUCUUCAGUCUCCGCAACGAUAAGGUGAAGCAGGCCCUAAGAGAUGCCCUGAUGUGGCACAGAACCAUGGCUUCGAGAACUAUGAGGGUCACAAGUAAAAGGAAAUAUUGGAUUAAGAGGUUAAAAAUGUAUGCAAUUUGUAAAAAUGUAUUUGAAGUUCAAAUCAGUCCAACAACACCCUGCACUUUUCUCAGACAAUUAAAAACUAGCCUCCAGAAUGACGCAUCAUGA